UUUAAAACGGUGGAAAAAGAGCAAAGUACCUUCUCUCUCACUCUAUGUUAGGCAUUCCAUUGUUUUCACAGACUUUUAAUUCUCACCAAACUCCAACUUUUUUUUAGCUGAAAUCUCUUUAAUCCCAUUAUUAUUAUUAUUUCUCUUUCAAUAUAAACAGUAAACCCCACAAUCCAAAACUACUCAUUACAAUCUUUGAAUCAAUAGAUUGAGCAAAAAAAAAAAAUAUGGAAGUGGGCAAUAAUAGAAGAAGGAGCACAUCAUCAUCAAGAAAUAAUAAUGGUGUUGUAGUAGCUACAGGUUCUGUUUGGGAAAAUAGAAUGAAACUUGAUGAAGUAAAAGGUGGAUUCAAAGUGUUUAGUAAUAACAAUAAUGAUGAAACCCCAAAUGAAAAUGAUGAUAAAGAUUGUAACUUUAUCAGUGGAAACAACACUCAAGUGGAUAAAAAGUUGGAUAUGGGACCAAAAAAGACUAAUAUUGGUGUUGUGGGGGUGAGUGGAAAGAGAAAAACUUGGAAAACUGAGAGUAAUCCAAUUCAGAUUGCUAGUAAAAGAUCUGGUUUGAGCAAAAAAUUGGAUGAAAAGUGUAAAGAUUUGAGUGUUUCUGUUGAUGGGGUUGUUGGGAUUACAAUGAAAAAUGGGAAAGCUGAGAACUUUGAUGGAAACCAAAUUCAGAUUGCUAGUAAAAGGUCUGAUUUGAGCAAAAGUUUGGAUGAAAAAUGUGAUUUGAGCAAAAAUUUGGGUGAAAAGUGUAAAGAUUUGAGUGUUUCUGUUGAUGGGGUUGUUGGGAUUACAAUGAAAAAUGGGAAAGCUGAGAACUUUGAUGGAAACUCAAUUCAGAUUGCUAGUAAAAGGUCUGAUUUGAGCAAAAAUUUGGGUGAAAAGUGUAAAAAUUUGGAUGAAAAGUGUGAAGAUUUAAGUGUUUCUGAUAAUGGGGUUGUUGGGAUUACAAAGAAAACUUGGAAAGUUGAGAGCUUUGAUGGAAACCAAAUUCAGAUUGCUAGUAAAAGGUCUGAUUUGAGCAAAAAUUUGGAUGAAAAAUGUGAUUUGAGCAAAAAUUUGGAUGAAAAGAGUAAAGAUUUGAGUGUUUCUGAUAAUGGGGUUGUUGGGAUUACAAGGAGAACUUGGAAAACUGAGAGUUUUGAUGGAAACCAAAUUCAGAUUGCUAGUAAAAGGUCUGAUUUGAGCAAAAAUUUGGAUGAAAAAAGUAAAGAUUUGAGCAAAAAUUUGGAUGAAAAGUGUAAAAAUUUGAGUGUUUCUGCUGAUGGGGUUGUUGGUAUUACAAGGAAAACAUGGAAAUCUGAAUCUUUAGAAGGAAACUCAAUUCAGAUUGCUAGUAAAAGGUCUGUUUUGAGCAAAAAUUUGGAUGAAAAAUAUGAUUUGAGCAAAAAUUUGGAUGAAAAGUACAAAGAUUUGAGCAAAUUUUUUGAUGAAAAGUGUAAAGAUUUGAGCAAAAAUUUGGAUGAAAAGUGUGAAGAUUUGAGUGUUUCUGGUGAUGGAGUUUGUAAAAAAGUCCCAAAUCAAAGUAAGAAAAAUUCUGAGCUGAGAAAACCGAAAUCUGAGUCUGUUAAUGGAAAUGUGAAAAACUCCAAUCUUGAUGCAAGAAUCUUAAAAAAAUCCAAUGUUGAAGGGUCUGUUGGUACUAAAAAGACAAAAUCUGAGGAGCUUGGUAUGUGUGAAGAGAAAUUCAUCACAAGCAAUGUGGUAUCUGAGGCCAAAUCUGCAAAUGAAUUAGAAAAGGAUCUUGAAAAUGAAGAUGAUAAUGAAGAAUGGGAUGAUGUAUUGGAAGAAGAAAUUGAUGAGGAAAUUGAAAAGAAAAGUGUUGAUGUUAAAGAAAUUAGAGUACAAGAACAGAAUAAGCCUAAAAAGAUUGUGAUUGAAGAGAAGAAAUUUCAGUACAAUAAUAGAAGACAAAUACCAAUUUCUUCAAUUAACAAGAAACAGUCCCCUCCUACUUUAGUCCAUGCUAAAAUUCAUCCAAGCUCAACAAGUACCAAAUCAGUUCCAGUUUCAGAUGAAUUCCAGUCUAGAAAACAUAGCAAAUUACAAAGCUUGGUUGACUUAGUGAUGUGGAGAAAUGUAUCAAAAUCUGCAUUAGUCUUUGGAAUUGGAACCUUUGUUAUCAUUUCAUCUUCGUAUACUCAAGAUCUCAAUAUUAGUUUCAUUUCUGUGCUCUCCUGCUUGGGUCUGGUCUAUCUUGCUGCAAUCUUUCUCUUUAGAUCCCUCAUUCACAGGAGAGCAGUUGAUAUUGCUGAAUCAAGUGAGUAUGUAGUAGGGGAAGAAGAAGCAGUGUGGAUACUGAAAUUGAUACUUCCUUUUAUAAAUGAGUUUCUUUUGACAAUCAGAGCCCUUUUUUCUGGGGAUCCUUCAACUACAAUGAAGAUGGCAGUUUUGCUGUUUCUUUUGGCUAAGUUUGGCAGCUAUAUAACUAUUUGGAAACUGUCUAAAUUGGGCUUUUUUGGAGUUUUCGUCAUACCAAAAGUUUGCUCUUGUUAUUCCACACAAUUAACCUCUUACGGUACAUUUUUGAUAAUGUAUAUUAGAGAUGCAUGGGAAUCAUGUAAUCACAAAAAAGCAGUUGGAUUUGCAAUCUUCACAUUAGUAUGGAAUUUCUCUUCAAUCAUUGCCAGAAUAUGGGCAGUGUUCAUGUUAUAUGUGGGCUUUAGGUACUAUCAACAAACCUUGAUGAGAGAAGACACUACAAUUAAAGCUGAUGAUUUUUUGCAAGGGAAAAUUAGAGAACAAAGACAAGUUGGGAGAAAGCCCAAUUCAAUGGACACAAGAAAGCAAAAGAAAGCAUUUUAAUUUAAUCCAUAGCUAAUAUUAUAAAUAAUUUUAAAAAAUAUAUAUAUUACUAGGUGAUAGAUAACAUGUAUUCUACAUUUUCAUUCCCAUUUCCCCAACCAUUAUCUUUUGAUAAUUUUUUUAUUCUUUCUGUACAUAGUUGUCUCAUGUCUGACAAAGUAAACUGAUUGGAGCUUAGCCUCCAUUGGCUUAUAAAUCUUUUGAUUUUCAAAUGAA